UAGUUUCUUCCAUAACCUGUCAUAAAUAACCGUUGGGCACCGAACAUUCCUGGAGGUUCUCCUUUGUACUGCUGCUUGUGAUGAAUAGUAGGACUUGAAUAUAACUGUUGACAAUAAACUCAGACUGCAAUCAGAAUAAGGACAUUACAAUGGGAAGACGUCGAGUAUGUGGUGCUAAGUUGGGAAAGGAAAUUGGUAACCGAGUCACCCUUUUUGGACUGAUCAAGGGGGUGAGUUCAAACCAGAUGAACGUUGAAUUAUCAACUCCAGAUAAUAUUAAAGUCAACGUAUCUCUCCCUGAGCCGUACUUCGGGCUUGCUGACGGUAUAAUGGAGGUCUUUGGAACCGUCAAAUCCAAAUCCACAAUCAGUGCAGAUAGUUAUCUGUACUUCACGUCAAAGGACCUCGAAACAUUCAAGACUCAGGACUACCAGGACUUUGCGGUACUGCUGGGAUACCUGAUGGGACAGGACCCGGAGGUUCAGGCUUUCUUCCAUACACCUUAAUUCCAUAUGAAAAUAAUUAACUAUAAGACUCUAUUAAAAAUAUUUUUUUAUCAAGUACUACUACAUAAAUUGAAAGAAAAUGGUUGUCUAUAAAUAUUGGAUGAGACAGGAUCAUUGAAUAAAUACAAUGGGACAGUUGAAA